AUUUAUCAUCCAUCAUCAGAAUUAUUAUUAGUUUCCAAUAACUGAUCAUCUUCUUCUCUAUUCUAUGAGUAUUGUUUUCUAAAAGUAAACAGUGUUAAUUGUGAUUGGAAAACAUUAAUAAUUGUUGUUCCCUUUCUCUCUCAUUUUCCUCUCCAGCUUUUUAUCUUCAUUCUCUCAUUCUCUUUCUCUCUCACUUACUCUUUCUUUUUUUCUUUCUUUGUUCGUUUUUACUCUUUCUUUCAGUUUCAUUUUCUCUUAUUCAAACAUUACGAGUCUUUCUUUUUAAUUCUUUCUUCGUUUGUUUCUCUCAUUUUUUUUCGCUUGUUUGUUGUUAUUCUACUUCUUUUUUUUCUUCUCUGUGUCGAAAACAAAAAUAUUGUCUUUCUUUUAUUUUCUAUUCUUCUGUGAUUAUAUCAGAUCUCUCUCUCUCUCUCUCAAUAUUCUAAGGAGAAUGAGUAAUUUCUUUAGUCGAGCUGUGAAUUCUCUUUCUAAUAAAUUGGACAGAAUAUCAUCCAAGGUUGUGUCCACUACCUCACCAAGUACUCAGGAUAAAUAUGAUGGUUCCAAUAAAGAUGAUGAUCAUGGUAACCUGCCAACUUCAUUCUCUACCAAAUUAUUAUUACUCUUGGCACCAUUUGAGGAAUAUUUCGUCUCCAUUCAGAGCAUUUUAAUAUGGGAGAGACCUUACGUGUCAGCUGUAUUCUUAAUUGCCAUCAAUUGUCUUUACUGGUUAAUCGUCUCAUGGACUCGUAGAUUUUUUUCCAUUGUUUCCUUAGUGUGUCUUGUUACCUCAAUUUAUCAAUGUUGGUCCUUCUAUGUUUGGCCUGAGAUUCGAGCUCGACCACCCGAACCCGAUGAAGGCUGGGUACCUGUUCAUCCUACAGUUUUAAGUGCCCCCGAGUUAACCCAUUACAUUAAUGAGAUAAUAACAAUUAGCGGUGCAAUGGUCGACUGGUUCUGGCAAUUGCGUAAAAACCAACCUGGUCUAUUCUGUUCAAUGGUUACCGUUUUUUUAACAAUAACGGCGAUUAUUGGUAGUUUAGUGCCUGGUGUUGUUAUUUUAUAUAUCAUCUUAAUGACCGUUGCUAUUGGACCAGGAGUAUUUCUCUAUGUUGUUCCUGAAUCAUGGUAUCAAACAGUUCGAAACUUUUUUGGAAACUCAAUGUCUUCCACACCAUCAUCAUCAUUAUCACCUUCAAACUCUAAAGCAACCUUAACAUGUACACCAGAAAUUCAUGAUAUUGAACAUUUAAACAUUUCAAGUUCACACGAAAAGGAGCAAGGACGAAAAUUAAGUGAAGCAUUUACAAAAUGUGAUCAACUUGAAGAAUCAUUUGAAAUGGAUAAAGAUGAAUCAUCUCUUCAACUUUUAUCCGAUUCAAAAUUAGAUGGAACUCUUGAUUUUGAAUUAGCAGAUCGUCCAAGUCGAGAAUCAUCUUCACCUUCCAGUAGUAAUAACAGUAGUCUUCAGUUAGUGCCUUCAAUGCAAUUCGGUGAAACUGGAGCUGAAACUGGCGAUGAAUUGGAAGAUUAUGAAAUAAUCUCCGAUUCUGAUUUACCCAAUGAUACAGCAUCUAAUCAAAUCUAUUCAGGACUUUCAAAAGUUUUAUUUCAAAAAUCCAAAGGAUCAGCACAAAUAACCCAAUCAGCAAAACCACAACAACAACAACAACAACAACAUCUGAUACAACAACUUCCUCAGUGUCAUCAACAAGUACAACAACACCUACUAAAGAUAUGCUCGAGUCGGAUCUUUAAUUUGUUGAGUCGUAAUUAAUUCUUGUUAAAAUAUAAACAACAAAAAAACAUUACAAACAAAAAAAUCAGCCAAAUUAAGUGUUUAAUCAAAACCGAAAGCCAAACACAAGGGAAAAGAAAGUAAAAACUGUUCGAGAGUAGCAACCAACAUGAAGGGAGUUACAAGGACAAACAGAACGAGUAAUAAUCAACAACAAAUGAGUAAUUUUCAUGUUUCAAGAACUUUUUUUUACGCAUUAACUCGUUCUCUUUGGUGUGUUUGCUCUCUCACUCUCUCUAUCUCUCUUCAACUCACUCGAAGAUAUUUUGUCGUGUAUCUAUGUAUUUAUGUGUAUCUGUGUAAUCAAAGUUGAGGGAAGAAAAAAAAAUUAACCAUAUACAACUAAUUGUAAACAAAGAUAUCACCUAAUUCAUGUUGAAGUUGGCUGAUUCUUUCAAUUUCGUUGUUGUGAUUUGUACAAAGAAAAAACCAUCAGGAUGAAAGCUCAUAAAAUCUGAAUGAACAAUUAUUAAUGGAAAACAGGGAAAAUAAUCAACAAUCAUCGUAUUUCUCAAAUCAUCAAAAUAGAAAAUCAGAUAAUUAAUUGAUCAUCACAACUUUACGAUUAUAAUGACAUUAACUCUACACACACACACACACACAAAAACACAAUCAAAGCCGAUAAAUAAUAUGUUAAUCUAAUCAGAGAUUCAUUUUAGAUAAUUAACACGAAACUAAUUACAAAAUCUUUCUGAUUGUAUCUCAAACGAAAAUUUUAAUUGUAACUAUUAUCUCAUCCUUUUUUCCUUUGUUUUUUUCUUUCUUCCUUCUAAUUACUUUUAAUUGUGAUUAUAAGCACAAUUAAUCGUCUCUAUGUUCAUAUUUCUGUAUAAAAAGAAAUUGGUAAUUCCGAUUAAACAUUUCAAAUGAAAAUGAUUUAAUUGUUUUCACUUGAAAAAAAGCUAAUUGUUAA